AUGAAUGCAAAUGUCGCCCUGGAUUCGUGGACGCCUCACCAGAUACCGCUAAGUAUCCAGGUCGAGUCUGUAACCGGCCGAAAUCCCCUGAGCACUACGGACAAACUAGCCGACAGCCUCAGUGCACGAGUUCGGAGCAGUGUGGUCCCAAUGAGGAAUGCCGCUUCAACGCCAAGGGAGAGAUGGUCUGCCAAUGUAAACGUGGAUCGGUUCAGCAAAGCGAUGGCAAAUGUAAAGGUACGUUCAAGAAUGGGUCCCGUGCGGAAAUUCUGCGCAUUCGCUUGA